AUGGAGGAAGAAGCAUCAUCCGGAUAUGCGUGGGAAGGCGCGCUCGAGCGCAGCUGGGACGUCAUUGAAGAAGAUGACGCGGGGAACCUCCGGAUCGAUCAAACCGUGAAGAACCAGCAGCGGCAGCGUCGACUGGAAAUUGCACGGAACGUGCGCAAGGGACUUAUCCGGUAUACAUAUGUGGUCAUGGACUUAUCCCGCGGAAUGGCUACAAAAGACUGGAAACCACAUCGAUUAGCCUGCACAAGUGACGCAUUGCAGCAAUUUGUGAAGGACUAUUUUGACCAGAACCCGAUUUCGCAGUUGGGGGUCAUUGGGAUCAAAGGCAUGACGGCCGAGAAGUUGAGUGAAUUGUCCGGGAACCCGAAGACGCACAUGGAACGCAUUGCUGCUGCUUUGGCUGUGGAUACAGAGCCGUCGCUGCAAAAUGCUCUUGAAAUUGCCAGGAGUUCGUUGAAAACCGUGCCAGCCUAUGGCAGUCGAGAGGUGAUCGUGGUGUAUGGCAACUUGGUGACUGCUGAUCCGGGCGAUAUCUUCCAGACGCUGCUUUCCCUCAAGCGGGAGAACAUCCGCGUGUCGUUCGUUGGCAUUGGGGCCGAGAUGCACUUGCUGCGGCGCAUUGCAGACGGCACUGACGGCACGUACCAUGUUGCAGUGGAUGCUGAACACAUGAAGAAGCUCAUGACGGCGUUCACGUUUCCAUCGCCUACGGUCGUCACGGCAGCCUCGCGCUUUGCCACGUUAGUGGAAAUGGGGUUCCCGCAGCGUCGCAGUGGUGCUCUGUCGCUCUGUACGUGCCACCAAGCGUUUACAACCGUCGGGUACUUGUGUCCGCGGUGCAAGUCCAAGAGCUGCGACCUGCCAACAACGUGCCAAGUGUGCAACCUGCCGCUCGUGUCGUCGCCGCACCUUGCGCGGUCGUAUCACCACCUCUUUCCCGUUGCAAAGUUUACGCAGCACUUGCUGCGGUCUGGAGUCACUGGCGAGCAGGGCGCGAAAGUCACGCCGUCAUUGGUUCAGGAAAAGUGCUUUGGCUGUCUGCUGCCGCUAGGACUGGAUGGCGAAGGUGCUGCGUACGAGUGCGCGACGUGCCAGCGCGUGUUCUGCAACGAGUGCGAUUUGUACGUGCACGAUUCGCUGCACAACUGUCCAGGCUGCAGCUAA